UAGCAGCAGUGGUGGUGGUGGUGCUGUAGUAGUGGUGCUGUAGCAGUGGCGGUGGUGCUGUAGCAGUAGUGGUGGUGUUGUAGCAGUGGUGUUGGUGCUGUAGCAGUGGCGGUGGUGAUGUAGCAGUGGCCGUGGUGCUGUAGCAGUAGUGUUGGUGUUGUAGUAGUGACGGUGUUGUAGCAGUGGCGGUGCUAUAGCAGUGACGGUGGUGAUGUAGCAGUGGUCGUGGUGCUGUAGCAGUAGUGUUGGUGUUGUAGUAGUGACGGUGUUGUAGCAGUGGUGGUGCUAUAGCAGUGACGGUGGUGCUGUCGUUGCUGUGUGCGUGUCUGCUGUCAGUGGUGGUCGUGGUGGGUGUCAGUGGUGGUCGUGGUGGUGUGGUUGUUGGUUAGCUCUGCCCGGUAUUGGUGGGGUCAGCCUCGUCUCGCUGCUGCCGCUUGCUGCUGCUGCUGCUGCUGGUGACGUUCCGCCUGGACAUGUCCACGAACAUGGAUGAGCUCAAGCACCAACUCAUGGUCAACCAGUUCGUGCUCACGGCCGGCUGCGCGGCAGAGCAGGCAACGCAGCUCCUGCAGGCGGCGCGCUGGCAGUUCGAGACGGCGCUGAGCAUGUUUUUCCAGGAGGCGAAUGUGCCCAACGCCUUCCACGCUCACCAGAUGAUGUGCACGCCCACCAACACGCCGGCGACGCCGCCCAACUUCCCCGACGCGCUGGCCAUGUUCUCGCGCCUCAAGGCCUCCGAGGGCCUUCAGACGGGCAGCCCCGGGCCGCCCGGGCCGGCGGCGGGUGGCACGGCGGCCGCGUGCGGCGCCGCGGCGAGCGCCGCCCCCGCCGUGCCUUGGGCGACCACGGCUUCGCUCGCGCCCGGCGCACGGCGCUCCGGCAACGACUGCUGCCCCGCGCAGCCGCAGAUGCCGCCGACCGGAGCCACGCAGCACCCUUACCACCGCCGCCGCCGCCGCCGCCGCCACCAGGCGAAAAUCAACACCUCCGUGGAGGCGGAGAGAUGAAGAUGGGCGGCGAGGGUUGAGAAGCCGCUUAGGGCACGGCGCACGGUUAACAGCGGCGCGGGUCGCGGGUCGCCGUCAGCUUUAACUUUUGCGCGCCCGGUAAAAUGGCGAUGCCGCGCCCGUGCAGCAUCCACUCUUGUUUUUGUAAAGAACUGGGGGCAAGAAAUUGCACAGCGUAUGGGUAGUGUUUUUGAGAAAACUAAAAUCAUGCUGCCAUAAACUCUCUCGAUGAAUGAGUGUUUGUUUUUUUGUAUUUAACCUUUCCGAGCAUAAUAUUAUUUCCCACGUGCUUGGCAAGGGGUGGGUGGGGGGGGGUAUUCAUGUUUAAGAAAGGUAAAUCAGGUCGCUUUAUUCCGAGCACCCAGCGUUUUGAACGUUGCUCGUUGAGGCAGAAAGCAGUUCGAAGACUUUUUCACGAACAUAACUCGAGGAGGGGGGUUGCCAUCGAAUCCACACCUUUUUUCGAUUUUUAUAUAAGACUCUGCAGACCGCUGUGGAUAUUUUUGCAAUGUCUUGCUGUUAAUGAAGAUUUUUUUAUGCAUUAUAUAUGCCUGUUCAGGGCCCUGAAGCUGUGGAUGUUGCGAGCUUGCAGAGGGAACCGAUGGGCUUGCUUUGCAUUAUGUUAAAAAUGGUUAUCUAUAUCGUGCAAGGUCACAAUGUGGAGUCGUUUUUGUUUGUGUGGUGUUUUUUUUAAAUAAUUAGCUUGGGUUUGAUGGCAUCGUGAAGCCCUCUGAUUAUCGAUAUCUGGUGUUAAGGAGGAUGAUUUUAACACUUUAGUUUGAUCCUCAUUUCGUACCACAACAACUUCUUGCCGAUUAAUGAAUUUUGUACUAACACGAGGAAGAAGGUGCAUGUGUUAGGAAAAGUGUUGUCUGUAGAUUAAAGUGCGGCAGUAAUUCCGCUCUGUCCACCCCAGCAUGCAUUGACGAUGGCUGUGUGUGUGUGUGCGUUAUCACCGUUAAGUGUGCCGAGAGCCGAGUCACUACUAUUUGUAACAUUGCUUCUAAAACUGUGAUGUCUGUGAUACUGUUUUUUUUUCUUUCCCUCAGAGUACCAAUGCAGAUAUAGAAUGUCUGCUGUACUAAAUCCCUGGAUACAAUUUGCAUUGCGGAUUUCUGCUCUGAUGGAAAUCAUUUGCACAAACUCAAGAGGGAACUUUUUUGUUCGCCUCACGCUGUGCAACUGUGAGCCCUGAGUGAUAUCGGUUCUGCAAAUAUUGUUUUGUACCCACAACAUUUGUGGAUAAACGUUUUUGCCAGGUCUUUUUUGUUAGUAAUUUUACGUGUCAUUUGUAGUUGGAUGCAUCAACAAUUGUUUUUUUUCUCUAUUAAACUGAAUUUUAGUUAAAAAUUCGGUUACAGUACUUAUUAAAAAAUAAAAGAUCAUGCACCUGAAAUGACAAACCCCUGCUGCGUGCACAAUAAAGGAUGUGAAGUGG